GCUGUGGUAGGGCAGCAAGAGGUGUGGGUAGAGGACAGGCUAAGUGUGCCACAGACUAAGGCCCCUCUCUUUUCUACUUGCUCCCUGGCAUUCCGUCCCUUGCCUCUCCCCAGCGCUGACGUUGGCCAGGUUACUUUAGGAAAGUCAGGGAGAAGCUCACUUGAUGUGUCUGGCUGAGUCCCUAGAGAUUCACAUCCCUCCAUGCCCUGAUUAGUGUUAAGUGACGAGCCAGUUACCUCAUCCUCCUGAGGGACAACAGGGAGACUGAGCCCAGCCAGGCUGCUAAGAGAAGGGGGGAUGGUGCCCCUGAAAGAGGUGGUUCUCACCUUAACAUGGGGCCAAGCAUGGGUUCAGACUCUGGCAGAGGGAAGACAGAGGGUUUGGGUAGCUGCAGCAGUGCUCACCUAUGAUUCCUGACCAAUUGCCAUUAUCAGACCCACUGUGGGAAAGGGGUGCUGGGAUACCCAUGCCGUGGAGAAGUGGUGGUAGGUGGUCUUUCCUGACGCAUGCAAGAAGAAAAUGAAAUCUGUGGCUCUGUGAGACUUCGUGGGGCGUGUGGUCAGGCAGAGAGCUGGGUCCACUGAUUCUGAGGUUAAUGGGAGAAGAUGGGCACCAGCACCAGAGUCAAGUCCUCUCUGUGUCCUCCUUGCCCCUGUGAUUUGGCACUGCUAGUGCCAUGCACUUUUAAAGCUCUGAGCAAAGAUUAACUUGCUGAUGUUCACGAGUCCCCUGUGAGGUGUUAUUUCAGGCUCUAAACCAGUUGCCUGUGUCUUUUAUGAGGACAACAGUGAAGGGGGGAGGAAAGAAAAUGAAGAUUUUAACUUGCAGUCACUAAAAUGUAGAGCAAAAUCCUAGGUCUGCCCUGGAGCCAUGCAACUCUCCUCUCAGGGCAGGGGGAACUGGCAUACACAUAGCUCCAGAUGAAAGCUCCCAAGUGACACCCACUCUGGGGGAUGCAGCCUGAGCAUCCCAGCACAGCCAGCCCCCUGGGAGGGUACUUGCCCUGCAGGCAAACAAAGUGGGACUCUUGUUGAGCUGAUGAGAAGACAAGUCCCAAAACAAGCUCCCAUCCAUCCUGUCAUGGGUUUGAGAUUAGAAUUUGCAACUUUGCAGGAAAAAACAUAGUGCUUGAGUAUCCAGGAAAAACACUCUGUAUGAGGCACUCUGACUUGGGGCUUGAAAAUUCCAACUAGCCUUACUGUCACUUGAGAGCCAGCCCCAGCCCUAUAGCCUAGGCUGAAGGUGGUAAAAAGCCAGCCCUCCCGUUUUGGGGAGUCAGGCUGUGCUCCCAGCUUAGCACUUGCUGGCGCACAAAGAAACAUGUCCCCCAGCACCUCCCUGGGCCAUCAGCUGGAGGAAAAGGGAGGCAAAAGAAGGUUGCUGAGAGGCAGGUUGGCACUGCUCAGGUAGCUGAGCGGCAGGAGGCACUGCCUUGCCUGCUUCCAGGCUUCUUCAAGGCUCUCUCUUUAUCCAAUUUGUCUUCCCCGAGGCUUUCAAAAUCCAGCUUUAAUUUGUUCUGGACACAGGUGAGAAGCGGGGCAGAGGGCUCCAAGGCAAACAUAAAUGCCUUCCCACUGCCCUGCACGCCCCAGACCACCUUCUUUGUACUUCUGGGGGGGUGGCUGCCUGCUUGGAGGAAUGAGUCAUAGUUUAGGUAACAGGCAGAAUGCAAUUAGCAGCCCUGGGCACCAAUUACCAGCUGUAACAGCCUUGUGCAAGCCUCUGUAAAGAGUCACCAAGAACACUAUUUUUCCCUCCAGGGAGGGAAUCAGCAUGGCAGCAUGUGUGUCACCCAGGGAAGUCACCAGCCCUGUCCAUGCUGGCCCCCUGUCCCAGCAGAGCUUUCUGGCACCAUGCUCUGUACAAGGUAGCUUUGAAUUAUAUUUGUAACAUCUGGGGACAUCACUAAGGCUCCUCUGCCUCUGUCCCAUCUUUCCCUCCCAGAUGAUCUCCUAAGCCAGGCUGGGAAGUGCUGCAGGAUGCCUGGGAGCCAUGGAAGCUGCCUUUGCAACUGCCUGGGGCUGCUGGAGUGUGGCAGGAACACUCAGGGAGGUUAAUUUCUGGUUCAGGAGCAGUGGCUAGCUGUGGGAGCAAUCCCAGUAUUGAGCAUAGAGGCAGUGGAUCAGUCACACCAGGUUCACAUCCCUGCGGUAAUGUAAGGCCUGAAGGUGAAUGACUCCCCCUCCCCGCCCCAUGUAAGCAUCACUAUUCAAAGGAAUCUAAAAAUAAAACCUGCAGGGACCCUCCAAAGGGAUAUGGGAGAUGCUCUGGAGAUGUUCUUGCUUCAGGGGAAGGCUAGAGAGAGACUUGGAGAAAUACAGUGGGGGAGGGAAGUGGAUUCAGUGGUUUCUUCCUUACAAAAGAAAAAAGUUGUACCCAGGGACAAGGCUAGGGUGAAAGUGUGUGUCUGAAACCUGGGGAAACUGAGCACCUGGUUUUAGCCCUGUGGGGCAAUCUUCCCUGUGUGCCUGGAAAGUGUCUACAUCCAGACACACAGUGGGAGCGUGGAACAGAGGGACCCUGAUCCCUGCCCUGCCCUGCCCCUGUUUUCUAAGGUCCUAUGGUCUGACAUGUGCACAGGGAGGGGGUGCCCUUUUUCUCAUGGAGCCAUUCUGCACCCCCACCAUUUCUCCUGGGCCCCCUUCUUAUUACUUUUUAUUUUUAUUUUUUUAGUAUGCUGAGAUUGGAUGCCCACAGCUUGCAGCUCCCUGAGGAGGUGCUCUGAUUUUGGCAGCUUAUGUAGAGCACUACCAUCCUGCUGUCCCCACAGAGAAGCUGGGGUGGGGGUAAGGAUAUCAUCCCCCUCCUGGGCUGGUUGUCUCUCUGUACCCCCCUGGCUGCUCUGUAGAGUGGCCUACAGGUAGUGUGAAGGGGACCUGCAUGGUCAUCAUCAACCCCAUAUCAAACUGAACCAGCAGCAGAAUGCAGCAAUCCCCUCUGUGGUGGUCUUUGUCUUGGGAGGAGCUUCAUACCUUUUGAGGGUCUCUGAUAUCCCUGUCUCUUGUUGGCAACCAGAUGGCUGGGAGUGAGGGUGACACAGGGGAGAUGCACACCUGUGUCCGAUGGCACAGGGGGGCAGUGAGGAAGGAGCUGGAGGUAACAUUUUGCUGCUGUGCCUAUGGGUCUCUGGGGUUUUCCAAAGAGAGGAGACACCCCCCUUCCUUGCCCAGGAAAGGGGAAAAGGAAGCUUCAUCAUGGACAACACAAGAGCCACAAAGGACAAGUUGCUGAGCUCAGCCCUGCUACAGCAGCAAGGACUUGAGUGGGAUAUAAACUCAGCCGUGAGGCUGAGCCCCAUCCCUGGAAGUGUUCAAGGCCAGGUUGGAUAGGGCUCUGAGCAACCUGGACUAGUGGAAAGUGUUCCUGUCCAUGGCAGUGGGCUUGUAGCUGAAUGAUCUUUAAGGUCACUUCCAACCCAGACCAUUCUAUGAUUCUAUGAUUGAAAGGGAGGCAGCAGGCUCUCCAUCACACUAUCUGGUGUACCUGUUCCUGUGAAUGUCACUGGUUCUGCAGUCACCUGGGCAGCAGAAUGUCCGUGGGCAUCCUGUGGGAAUGUGAGAUGGAGUGGAGGGCAGGGAUUGUGUGGCUGGAGGCAGAGGAAAAAGGACCUUCAAGAUCAGAGAGUAUCUGGAUCAUGGUUUGGGAGAUGGGUGUCAGAAGUGGGGUUCACACUCCAACUUGAGACUCUGGGGCAUGGGGGGCUGGGGGGAGGCAGAAGGGGACACACUGUCCUGCUUUGGGGAGGCAGGCUGGGAUUAAAGGGCAGGGGCAGCAAUUCAGACCUGUGUCCAGAGGAAAAGUUUGGGGCUGAGGGAAUUCCUGGGGUAAAAAACGUUCUUCCCAAGAACAAUACAGGACCCUGCACCUCACCUUCACCAGAGCCCACAUCAAUGCCACCGUCCCCUCCUCCUUCAGGAGCAAUGGGCUGAGCAGGGCUGCAGAGAUCGGGCUGGACUGAAACAGAGGAGCGGGGAAAACAGUCAAGCAACAGGUUUGUCCUCCCAGAUCUGUUCUUUGUCACCUCGGAGGUGUCCCAGACUGUGGGGGACACCAGGUGAGACGUCUGGUGAGACAAACCCACUGUCAGACCCAGGGCUCCCCGCUCUCCAUCCUUCCCCCCGCUCCAUCCUCUUCCCCCCCUGGGGCUGGCGCCCCGCCCCGUGCCCGGAGGCGGGACCGGGGCUGGCAGGGAGCAAGAGCUGCGGGAGAGAGCAGGUGGAGAGGCAGUCCAGCCGCACGCUGGACCCCCGGCCCCGUUCCUGCAGCCCUGCGUCCGCCGCUCGCCUGCCGCCCGAGCCCCUGCCUCGGAUUGCUGGGCUGGUGUCUGCUGGGGAACUGAUGCCUUCGAUCCAGACUUCCCGCCGAUGGCUCUGAUCUCCUUUGCCGGCUUCUCAACACCCAGCCUAGGACCCUCGGUCUCUCUGUUGGGAGCGGGGAUGCCCACUUUCCUCCUGGCAGGCUGUGCUAGCCACGUGCCAGUCGCCUCGGAGUAUUUUCCCAUCAUGUGUUCCUUGCCUCGCUGGGUCAUUGAGCCCUCUGAAGUCUGUGAAAAUUCCCCCUGCUUGACCUGUAUCCUCCAGGUCUGCUGCUUCUUUGGCUUCCUGGUCUUCACCCCCCUUAUUCCUUGACCACACCCUGCUCAGACCUUGCUCUUGGCUGAUCCUGCUGUGUCGGAGGCUUCGAGAAGAGCGGACAGCUUCACGUGGAGGUACAGGGAGAGUUUGUCCUUGUUCAGUAGGAUACCAACUGCGGUGGGAACAGUUUGGGAGCCAUGGGCCGUCGGCUCAUCCAUGGUCUCUCUGGAGCCGCAAUCUUCCUUGCCACUGUGGCUCUCCUUUCCGUGCGGCACCGUGGGGCUCAGGAAACAGCUCAGUAUCCAAGGCUCAGGGAGGGGAUGUUGGAGAAGCCAGAGCAACGAAGCAAAGUGAGCGCAGAGAAAGCUGGUGGCAGGGGGCAGAAGGACCUCAAAGUCCGUUCUCUGGAGGGAUACAGGACUGAGAGAAGCCUAACACUUGGAGACAUUUUCAUAGCUGUGAAGACAACCAAGAGAUUUCACCAGAGCAGGAUGGAGCUGCUUCUGGACACAUGGAUAUCGCAGACCAGUGAGCAGACCUACGUCUUCACUGAUGAAGAAGAUGAUGCCUUGAAAAGGAGAAUGGGUGACCAUGUGAUCUUCACCAACUGCUCUGCUGAGCACAGCCACCUGGCCCUCUCCUGCAAGAUGGCAGCUGAGUUCGACGCCUUCCUGGUCAGCGGCCGGAGCUGGUUUUGCCAUUUGGAUGAUGACAACUACCUGAACCCUCAGGCCCUCCUGAAGCUCUUGUCCUCCUACUCUGAGACGUGGGAUGUUUACCUGGGGAAACCCAGCCUGAACCGACCCAUCCGGGCCUCCGAAACACUGCCAAACAACCAGACGAAAUCUGUGCGCUUCUGGUUUGCCACAGGAGGGGCUGGGUUCUGCAUCAGCCGCAAGCUGGCAAGCAAGAUGGUGCCGUGGGCCAGUGGCAGGAACUUUCUGACCACUUCAGAGCUCAUCCGCCUGCCGGAUGACUGCACCGUGGGUUACAUCAUUGAGUGCAAAGUUGGUGGGCAGCUGCUGCCCAAUGCGCUCUUCCACUCCCACCUGGAGAACCUGCAGCUCAUCCCCACCUCUCAGCUCAUCCAGCAGGUCACCCUCAGCUACGGUGUCUUUGAGAACAAACUCAAUGUUAUUGAGCUCAGCGGCCCCUUUUCUCCACAAGAGGAUCCCUCAAGCAGGUUUCGAUCACUCCACUGUCAUCUCUAUCCUGACACCUCCUGGUGCCUGCAGCCUGUUGGCUGGUGAUGCCUGAGCCUCAGCUACAGUUGGUCCUAGUGAUACCUAUGCACCUUGUAGGGGAUGGGACAGUGAAGAAGCUUGGUGUCCUCAAUUUUGCCUUUUCUACAGUGGUCGUGGGGCUCUGUGACGGCUUUUUUGGUCCUUGCUCAAUACUGGUGACACAGGACAAGAGACAGGAUCUGUCCCAAAGAUGGAUAACAUGGGCUGGACACAUGGAUAAGCUUCCCAUCUGUGCUGGGAUACAUAUAAGGGAUGGGAGCAGUAUGCCUUCUGAGCAGAAGAAGGACUGAAUAGUAACUGCUGGGCAUCUUGGUAAAGAUGAGGACUUGCUGCUCUGUGCUGUGGCUGCAUCUCGUUGACUAGAAAGUCCCUGGGUGUGUGUAACCAGUGCACAGCUGAGGAUGGCUGGCAGCAUGUCAUCGCUCCGGACUCUGAGCAGGGCCUCUUCCUCCACAUCUGCUUGUGCUUUCCCUACUUGCAGCCACUGCCCUGCUGAGUCUCUGCCUAGUCAAGGUUUAUAGAAAUGGAAUGUGACCAUUUCUGUCUUGAAUGAAUCCUGGAGAAGCGUGGUCCUUGCUCAGCACAGGGGAGAUGGACAGGAAGUACAAAGAAUCAGGAAUCCCUUGCUCUGCUGGGACAAGAGAGGAAGAAUGAAAGGGAGCCAGGAGAAGACUGAUGGAGAUGAGGACAGUUCCCGGAUUGAACACUGAGGGUCUGAUCUUGUAUGGUGCUGCAUUAUUCCUCUCUUUUUACCUUCUUGAUGUGGGGUCAGGAUAAUCUCUUGCUCUAAUUACCAACCUGUCGUCUGAGAUUAGACUCCAGCUCCUGUCUGUGAGAGGAGACAUAAAGGAUUAGAACUGGCUGAAAGAGAGGAGAAAGGAAGAGAUGGAGAAGGAGCUCUCAGGAGCGGAUUAGGGGUUACAGCUUUAUAAUCUUUUCUGUCCCCGACUAAAAAAAUUAAGUCAUGAAGGAAUGGAAACAGCAAGGCAAAGAGCUUUUUAUCUCUGCGUUUCUUUACUCCAGAGGCUAAUAGGAGCUUUCUGCCUACCUGCUGUCCCUGCCGAGUGCAACAGGGAGAAGGAGAGGCCCCAAAUAGGUUACAAGCUUUCUGGCAUGUUUGUGAAGAGUCCUAUACUCAAUAGAGAGCCUGGCGUGAAACCUGGGCAGUGCUGCUUGCUGGGGAAUGAACUUUGGCAUCAUUUUGUCCUUAUACACACGGUUAAACUGCCAGGGGAGAGCAUUGCAGGGAAAGCUAGAAGGCAAACAGACUGUUUUAAAUGGCAGGUGGUGCCACAAACAGGUAUUUCUCUUUAAAGAGCAUUUCAAAACAGACUGCUGGGAUCUGUGAGAGGUCCUGUAAUCUCCAGAUGAAAGGACAAAUGCCCUUUCUCCAAAGAACUGCUCAGCUUUGAUGCUGCUGAUGUGACUAAGCCUGCUGCUGGUGGAUUGGAAGAGCCAAAGGCAACUGUCACUGUGGCUUUGCUGUUUUGAAAACUGGCCACUCUGUCACCUCCUUCCCCCCCCACGCACUAGCAUCUCCUACACAGCACACAUGAGGUUUAAAGGAAUGGCAUCAGAAAGACCUCUGCAAAGGGGAUCUAGAAAGGAACGAGCACUUUAAUGUCAAGAGAAGCAGAGGGCAGCAGCCUGUAGAGCUGUUUUCCAGCCUGCUCAUUCUUACUGGCAUAUAAUCAGCUUGUGUAGCAGCAGAGACCCCUGCUUUCUUCUGUUGCACAACACGCCUUUGAACUGGAAAUUCGUCCUGAGCAGGGAGAGGGGCCAGCUGAUGCCAAUGGCCAUUCCUUGAGUUGUGCAAAGCACUUGGCUCACACAGCUGAGCUCACCAAGGAACCGUGCGACACAAAACAGACACACAACUAUUGGAAGAGAGAUGCAGCAUAAAGAAGUCCUGCCCCACAGGGCAAGCAGUUGGGUUUGAAGAAGAUGAAAUACACUUUCAUGAGAAGAAAUGAGUCUUCAAGAGAAAUCUACACUACUUGGAUAUAUCCUUUUUCCCCAUUCAGACUUUCAGCUGAUGUUAAUAGAGACUUUGAGUUAAAAAGCCAGUCCUAUCUGUAGAUGUCCUGGUGACAGUCAGAGCAAAAUGCGAUUCAUGUGAGGAAACUGGUAUAGCAGCUUCACUUCCCUGGGGAAAAGCAAAGCAGAGAAACUGAAAGCUUGCUUUAGAUCCUGGCCUCAGCUGGUCUGAAUUGACCUGGUGUCUUUUGCAUGUCUGAAGAUCAGAUGUUUAAUGGGUUGAGUCCUUGAGUGGCUGCAUGGGGACCAAGACUGGGCUUCGUUGCUGGAGCAGUUAAGUGUCACUUUUGUGGAAAAUGUCUUGUCUUAUAAGAAAACAGAACAGAUGAGAUGUCUGGGGCAGGGCAUCUCUUGGGCUGUAGGGAAGCGAAUGGUAGAAAAAUCCUGUUAUGCCUGUGACGACAAUAUGCUGGAAAGAAAAUAGCUUCUCAGAGUCGACAAAAGAAACCAGGUUUUCUCUACGAACAGAGAGACAGCUUAACGGGACAUUCACCACAUGAAAUCUGAUCAAUGUUAAAACAUGAGUUAAAAUUAGUUUCAGGAAUGGUUCCUGCCCCUGGGGCUUGCUGUCAGAUGCUAUAGUUUUACAGUCUCAUUUUCCUUGUUUAUUAAAAUGUUUAGCUGCUUGGGAAAAUGAGAAACAAUCUCAUGUGAAACUUUUCAGGGGACUGUCUUUUUUUAUUCUCUUUCAUGAUUUUCUGAUGUAACAAAGAUUCUGGAGAGGUUCCGCUGGGUCUAUUAAAUUUCUAUUUUUUUCUUCUCU